AUGCUCGAGCCUGCAGGACCGCCACCGCCUGCAUCACAGCAACACUACCCCAGUCCCUCGGUAGGUGGACAACAACAACAUCCAAUUGCGGGUCCUCACCAUGUCCAGCCGACGCCCAGGGACAUCCUCCGCUACCGCUAUCAACAUGGCUGUAACCUCGGCAGUAUCUUCGUUCUUGAACAAUGGUUGUUCGGCGGAAUGUAUGAUGAGGGCGUCGGAGGGAGCAGCGAGUUGGAUGCCAUUACUGCGUCUAUCAAGUCUCGCGGCCUCGACGCCACUCGCCAGAAAUGGGAGACACACUGGAACGCCGCGCUCACAGAUGCAGACUUCGACUGGCUUGUCCACUCCGCUCAUUGCAAUUCCAUUCGUUUGCCCAUAGGCUAUUUCACCCUUGGGCCAGCGUUCUGUGCCCACACGGCCUUUGGUGGGCCUCCAUCCGAAGUAUAUGUCAACGCCUGGUCGGUUGUUAAACGUCUAGUUGCCCGCUGCUUUGAGCGCGGCAUUGGCGUCCUCAUCGACCUGCACGGUGUGCCGGGUGGUGCCAACCACGAGACUCACUCCGGUACGAGCAGUGGUAAGGCUGAACUGUGGGGCAAUGGAUUCUUCCUGGAUCUUGCGACUCGGUGCCUUCUCUUCAUCGCCGAGGAGACCGCUCGAGACCCGCAACUGGCCGGCGUUAUUGGGGUCCAGCUUUGCAAUGAAGCCAUCAUUGAUCCGCCUGGCAUGUACGAAUGGUACAACGACAUGAUCCAACGGAUAUCGGCCAUUGAUCCCUCUCUACCGGUAUAUAUCAGCGAUGGGUGGGACUUGGGCCGCGCAGUGGCCUUCACUCGAGCGUACAACAACCCCAGUUUCCCGCCCAAAUGCCCAGUAAUUGUGGACACACACAAGUACUGGACGUUUGAUGAGAAGGAUACCUCCCGCUCGCCAUACGAGAUCAUCGGUCAAGUCAAGUCCGAGCUUUCAGAACUGAAUGCAAGCCUCGUUGGGGAUGUCUUCGCCCACCAAGCUGCAGUGGCGGUGUAUAUUGGCGAGUACAGCCUUGCGUUGGCUCCGCAGACCUGGGGCAAAGCUCCUGCAGACCAGAAAGACGAUCUGAUGAAGCAAUUCGGGCUUGCUCAGAGUCAGACAUGGCAGACCAAGGCUUGCGGGUCGGCAUUCUGGACAUUCAAGAUGGAAUGGAUGCCUGGCUGGGAAUGGGGAUUCAAGGCUUCGACCGACAAUGGCCAGCUUGCUCCGCCUGGAAUAUUCAAGCUGACCGUUGGGAACAUCACCGACAAGCUUGCCCAAGCGGAUGCAAGAAAAGACCAGCUUCUCGAAGCAAAUCUCGGUGGGCAUACCGGAUACUGGAGUUCCACAAACCCUGGGGCCCACUUCGAGCAUUGGCGAUACGCUGAUGGCUGGAACCUGGGGUGGAGCGACGCUCGAACGUUCUUCGCAGCCAGGCUUGAUCGGUUUGUUCCUUCCGCUCUUCCAAGCGGUGUAAGCUCUGCUUCGACGAACGGGGAUGCAACAGUCGGAGCUGACUUUAUCGGCGCCUUGGAUCUAUGGAUUCUCAAACGCAUGCGGGAAGCUGGUGUUGCAGAUGCUCAGAGGUGCCCUUUCGGCUGGGAAUUCGAGCAUGGGUUCCGCGCAGCCGUGAGAGAGUUCGGGGCUCUCGUCCGUGAGUGA